AUAAUAGAAUAAAGCGCUUUACGCUUUAUAAAAAAAAUCAAGUAAUUCUUUCAAUACACCCUUAUGAAUAUAGUUUCGCUUUGCACCCACUUGGAAAAUAUUGACUUCAUCAUUGUGUCUUCAUGUGACACGGAAGAAAAUAAAUAGUACAAGGGAAGUAGAAAUUGUUGAAGGAAGGAACAGUGAAUAACAAGUAAGGGCAUAAAUAACUAGUGAAAGUUUUUAUUCCCUAUUGAUACUUUUAAUACGGACCCAGAAAAAUAAUGCCAGGUGAUUUUCUUAAAUAAUAUCCAAAUUUAAAUAAGGAGUUUUAUUAAACUUUCCUUAACGUAUAAAUGUUUCAAUGCAGAGAAACGUAAUUUUGCUGAAUUGUUCAUCUGUGAAUGAGAAGAAUUAAUAUGAAGAUGGAAAGUGUCAUGAAAGAUUUUUGGUACAAAUUAUGGUAGAAAUGAAGUUUGAAAUCGAAUAAAAAAAACAUCAAUUGAUCAUCUCACUUGAUAUUUUGGGAAAAGUCAAUAAAGAUGAACAGAAAUUUGAAUUCUGUGAAAUUGUCUGAGUAAUGUUUUUAUUUAUGAAAAUAGACUAAAAUCUUCAAGAUUUUAGAAGAAGGAAAAUAUAUGAUUGGAGGCAUUUAUCACAUGAUAAAUUUGAAUAAUUUUACUGUUUAAGUAUUCAAAAUGGAUUUCGUAUCAUCAUACAACCGGUUCACACGGAAAUUGAAAGAACGACUUUUUAGUAUCAAAAAUAACAUUUUAAAAGAUCUUGCCGAAUGGAAAAUCAAACUUGCUUUAGCAGAACAAACUGGCGGCAAAUUGAAUAAACUCAUAAGCUCGGUUGAAAUUUGCAACGAACUUAAUAAUAAACUGGAAUCUAAAUUCAUCGUAUUUGAACGAAGAAUUUUAGAGCUUGAAAAUGAGAAGCACCAGAUGAAGGUGGAUAUACAAAAUCUUCAAGAGGAGAAAUGUCAAUUAUUGAAUAAGCUAAAUAAUUUUGAAGAGCUGAAACAAUUAAAUCAUAAAUUGGAAACAACCUUGGAGCGGGAAAUUCGCGAGAAAAAUAAUUUGAAAGUAAAAGUUGACAAUAGUUUUCAAGAGAUCGGUCGACUGGAAAAGGUUCAAAGAUCUGAAAAAUUCACAUUUAAAUAUCAAGAACGACAAACAAUUGCUAGAGAAGAAAAUAGAGCGCCUGAAAAAGCAGCACACCGAGUCGAAGAAGGCAGACAGGGAAAACAUCCACAAAUGGAAAACCAGUUUUGAGGAAUACCAAACAAAACUGCGAGAUUCGGAGUGUGUAAAAUUACAGCUAGCGGAAAAAAACUCCCGAUUAGAAGAAACAAACAGGGAAACGUCUAAAGAGGUGGAAAAGGAAAAUGAGCUCGUCUUCAAUCAAGAGAAAAGGAGAAUCAAGGAAGGGAAUAUGCAACUGGAUAAAUGGAUGAAAAGGAAUCACGAACUGAACACAUUAAUCAGAAAAAUUUUGCAAUAUUACAAUUGUUUGAGUGAGAUGAAUGAGAGAUAUAAGACAAGGGAGACGUCCCAGUAUGAAUGAAUAAUGCAUGAAUGAAACAUUUUCGAAUAAAUUAAUAUAAUAAAAAAAAAAGUAAUUAUCGAUUAUUCUACGCGUAUUAAUGAUUUUUCUUCUUCUUCAAAUAUAAAAUAAAAUGGCAAUAAGGAAUUUCCAAGUAUAUAUAUUGUUGCGACACCCCUCGUGUAGCAACGCACCUUCAAAUCAGCUAUAAGGUCUAACUGACACACUCAAACCUUGUUUUGAUCAAAUCUUAAAAUUAGUUCGCUUAGUCGGUUGACAAGUAGAAAAAAUUACAAUAGAUAGUGGAAAAACGUGGCUUGAUUACUAAAGUGGUUUCUGAAUUCUUUAUAUCCAAUUUAUAAAUUUCUUUGAAUUACUGUAUCCUAUUCCGUUUGAAGCUUGAAGUGUAGGUUGAUUGAUUGUCUCCACUUAUAUUCCGUGAGGUCGUGCGAGAUACUCGAAUUUGAGGUGUACCUAUUCAGGUUCCAUUCAAUAUAGUUCAGGGAACGAAUGCAACGAAUUCCACGAAACCCACAAACGUAAGCAUAAAUUAAAUAACCUAAAAAAUAUGUACUAAGAAACAAAUGUAAUUUACAGGAAAAUUUUAACUCUGUAAUAAAGUUUACAAGUUAUCAUUUCGGAAUUGUUUCGUUUGUUGCACUCUGCAACAUUAUUAAAAUUUUCGUUUUCCCGGACAAAAUUGAAAAAUGCCAAUCGAUCGAACUCCACCACAGGAUUAUAGUUGUCCUACCUGCAAAAAGUACGAUAACAGCCGGAUGGUCCAAUGCGACGAUUGUAGCAUUUGGUACCAUUUCGACUGUGUGGGAGUGACGGAAGAUGUUGAGAACCACGACUGGAGCUGCCUACAAUGCACGGAAGCUAAAAAAGCAGCCAAAUCCAAAGAACAAGUCUCUCAUCAAGGUAACCCACCCACGCAGUCCCAAGAAGCUGCCGUCGAAUUGCAGCAGGCAACAAGAACCCAAAAGGGAACAACGAGGACGACAAUGGAGAAUUUAGAUCCCAACAGUUUGUUUGCCCCUGGACCGUCAAACAGGAUGAUACAGCAGAAUGAUAGGAAAAGUGAAGGAAGUUUGCCAACGGUACAAGCAGAGAUACGGAUGAAAAUGCUUGAAGAAGAAAAGGCUCUCGAGCGAAAAUAUCUUCAGAGGAAAUACGAAAUUAUGAUGGAAGCCGCUGGUGGAUCUUCCGCACUGUUGGAGCAUAAUGUCGUGAACACUGAUCUCCUCGGAGCCCCAGUAAGUCAUUCAUCUCCAAUUAAUUCACAUCUACGGCCGAGCGCACCUCCGUUUCAUCCAAACCACGAUGAUCAUGCUGACGCAGAGGUUGAUUUGAUAAUGUUGAACCGGAGCCAGAUUGCUGCACGCCAGGCCAUACCCAGGGAUCUGCCAACUUUCGAUGGUGAUCCAGAAGAAUGGCCCCUUUUCGUAGCGACUUUCGAGAGCACAACACGGGUGUGCGGUUUCAGUCAGGAGGAAAAUAUAAUCCGACUACAGAAAUGCCUACGAGGCAAAGCAAAAGAGUCUGUUAGGAGUCAGUUGCUCCAUGCGAUGAAUGUGGACAAUGUCAUAUCUACACUAAGAAUGUUAUUCGGUCGCCCGGAGAUAAUCGUUCAUUCAGUAAUCCGGAAGAUUCAUACAUUGCCAGCACCAAAGGUCGACAAGUUGGGAUCAAUAGUGGAUUUCGCAGUGGCUGUUCGGAACAUGGUUGCUACAGUCCAUGCAUGUAAUCUAGAUGAGUACCUGUACAACAUCACUCUGUUACAGGAACUUGUGGAUCGUUUGCCUCCAAUGAUCAAAUUAAAUUGGGCCAUGUAUCGUCAGGGCAAGAACCAAGUAUCACUAGGUGACUUCAGCGAAUGGCUUAACAGCUUAGCGGAAGCCGCAAGCACUGUAACGAUUCCCUCGUUGACCACAUUUGCUGAAUCGAAGACAAGACGCGGUCGAAAAGAUAAUGGUUUCCUCAAUUCACACCAUGAAACGCCUUUAUUGUCAGGCCGAAAGCAAAUCAGUGAGGAUCAACAUGCAACCUGUUGUAUCUGCAACGGAACCUGUGUUUCAGUGGAGCGCUGCAAGAAGUUCUUGAGUUUUGAUCACUCUACGCGAUGGCAGAAUAUGAGAGAACGCAAACUUUGCCGAUGUUGCCUCAAGAAACAUAGAGGAUUCUGCAAAUCAAAAAAUGAGUGCGGAGUUAGUGGGUGUACCAGUAAACACCAUCAGCUGUUGCACAACAAUUCAUCGUUUAAACCGCGAACGCCACAGCCUCAAAAUUUCGAGCAGAUAACUGCGACACCACAGCCGAGAACCACGUCGGUUGCUGAGCACAAUUGCAAUAUUCAUCGUAGCGAUGAUACGGAAGUUCUUUUUCGAUAUGUGCCCGUUAUAUUGUAUGGUCAUGGAGUUAAAAUCGAAACAUACGCUUUUCUUGACGAUGGUUCGUCAUUGACGCUGCUUGAGAACGAUUUGGCAGUCGAAUUGAAACUUGAUGGCGUUGCGCACCCUCUCUGUUUACAGUGGACAGCUGACACAUGUCGCUAUGAGGAGUCGUCACAAAAAGUGUCCUUACAGAUUUCUGGUUCCCGGAAUCCUGGAGUACAAUAUCAUCUUCCAGCAGUACACACUGUCAAACAACUUAAGCUUCCCCCUCAAACAUUGGAAUUUUCUAAACUAGUUGACCAAUAUAAAUAUCUUAAAGGUUUACCGGUUGACUCUUACACCAAUGUACGCCCAAGAAUCCUAAUUGGAAUAAACAACUGGCGUGUGGGUCACGUUCUCGAUAGCCGUGAAAGAAAAGAAUAUGAGCCAGUCGCAUCAAAGACUCGUUUGGGGUGGAUGGUAUAUGGUGUACAUAAUAGCGCCCAGCAUCAUGAAAUGUAUACUGCAUACCACAGUUACCAUAUCUGUUCAAAUUCUAGUCAGAUUGAUGACGAUUUACAUAACAUUGUUAAGAAAUUCUUUGCGCUUGAUAGUAUCGGCAUAACUAAACCAGAUAAAAUGAUCUGUUCCAGUGAGGAUGAACGCGCCUGGUCCAUGAUGCGUGCUAUUACCACUUUAGAGAAUGGACACUAAGACUGCCUGACAACAAGGCAAUG